AAAUCGUAGCCUUCUGGCAGUUCGCACGGCUGCUUGGCUGUUGACAAUAACAAGCCACGUUUUGUAGCGUGCCAAAAACAGUCGUCUCCAGUCAGCAUACGAGUAAAAGUUUAAUGGGCGCAAAAAUUGCAAUAUGCAUAAUAGUUAUAAAUGCAGACAGGAAUUAAAUACGCUUCAACAAAAGGCAAGCAACGUUGUCUGCAACACACACACUCGCAAAUUUCUGUAUAAGUGACACGGCUGAAGAUGCAAACGGGCAGACAGACAACAAAAGCCAUAACAAAGUGCUACGAACCAAAAUAAAUGCAUAUGCAUGAAUAUAAAUAUAUAUAUGUCUAUGUAUGUAUGUUAUGUGCAUAGCGAAAUGUAUUGACUGGAUUCUGAUUGGAUCACUGAAAUUUACAAUUAACUGUGUCGAAUAUAAGCACGCUCGUUGAUUACAUUUACAACUUAUCAAGAUCUUUACGAAUUUUUAUCUCAAGCAACCAGCACUCGAACAUGUCCGACGGCGUCAGUGUGCUGCAUAUUAAACAGGAGGUGGACACUUCAUCGGCCGGCGGUGCCAGCAAUUCCUGCUGUAGUCCCAGCUCCAAGGCAACGACGACGACUGGUGGUGGCCACAACAACUCCAGCAAUAGCAACAGCGGCAUGAAAUCCUCACCAUCUGUGUCGCCUGAGCGCCAACUCUGCAGUUCGACCACAUCCCUGUCCUGUGAUCUGCACAACGUCUCCCUCAGCAACGAUGGCGAUAGCAAAUGUGGCGGUGUCUCCGGUGGCGGUGCCAACAACUCGAGCAGCGCAAGCGCCAACGCGAGCAGCGGCUCUGUGCGCGACGAACUGCGUCGAUUGUGCCUGGUUUGUGGCGAUGUAGCAUCUGGAUUUCACUAUGGCGUCGCCAGUUGCGAGGCCUGCAAGGCCUUCUUCAAGCGCACCAUUCAGGGCAACAUCGAAUACACAUGUCCCGCCAACAACGAGUGCGAGAUCAACAAGCGACGACGCAAGGCCUGCCAGGCAUGUCGCUUCCAGAAGUGCCUGCUCAUGGGCAUGCUCAAGGAGGGCGUUCGUUUGGAUCGCGUGCGUGGUGGCCGACAGAAGUACAGACGGAAUCCGGUGUCCAAUUCGUACCAGACGAUGCAGCUGCUUUAUCAGUCGAGCACGACAUCGCUGUGCGACGUCAAAAUACUCGUUGUGCUCAAUUCCUAUGAACCGGACACGCUCAGCGUUCAAGCGCAGCAACAGCCGCAUACGACGACGACGGCAUCGAGCUGCAAUGAUGAGGCAUCCUCGUCGUCGGGCAGCAUUAAGCUGGAGAGCAGCAGCAAUAGUACACCGAAUGGGACCACUUGCAUUUUUCAGAAUAACAACAACAAUGAUCCGCACGAGAUACUUAGCGUGCUGAGCGAUCUCUAUGAUAAGGAGCUGGUCUGCGUUAUUGGCUGGGCCAAGCAGAUACCUGGCUUUAUGGAGCUGCCACUGAACGAUCAAAUGAAACUGCUGCAGGUGUCCUGGGCAGAGAUCUUGACGUUACAAUUAACAUUUCGUUCGCUGCCCUUCAAUGGCAAACUGUGCUUUGCCACGGACGUCUGGAUGGAUGAGUUGCUGGCCAAGGAAUGCGGCUAUACGGAUUUCUACUAUCAUUGCGUGCAAAUUGCACAGCGCAUGGAGCGCAUUUCUCCACGCCGGGAGGAAUACUAUCUGCUGAAGGCACUGCUGCUGUCCAAUUGUGAUAUACUGCUGGACGAUCAGAGCUCGUUGCGUGCCUUUCGCGACACCAUCCUUAAUUCCUUGAAUGAUGUCGUCUACCUGCUGCGCCACUCCUCCGCCGUCUCCCAUCAGCAGCAGUUGCUGUUGCUGUUGCCCUCGUUGCGCCAGGCGGACGAAAUACUGCGUCGCUUCUGGCGUGGAGUGGCACGUGAUGAGCUAAUUAACAUGAAGAAACUGUUUCUUGAGAUGCUCGAACCGUUGACCAGGUGAAAGUGAGCCAAUUAAAAAGCAGCAACAGCAGCAGCAGCAGCAGAAAUUGCCAGGCGAUUUAGAUUUUAGGUCCAGGUGCAAAUAUUGAUUUAAGUUCUAUAUGCUAGUUACUAAUACUAAUUAUAAGCAUUCAAGGUUUAGCUCAUAAAGUGUAUAUAGUUUAUAGUAGCGUCGACAGUCAGUGCAUAGUAUGUGUAAGUGAAUUAUAUAUAUAUAUAUAUAUAUAUACUAAAGUAAAGUAAACUAUAUAUAUUGUAUUGAAAACUUAAAGCCAUUUAAUCGACUACCAAAACUAUCAAAAACUACUUGACUACUAAUUAUACAAAAAGGCAGAAUUUAACACACAAAAACACUGAUUUCAACUUAUGCACUAAUUAUGAAUUAGUCGAAUUUAUGUAAUUCGUUAAGGGUAUUUCGUAUUUGCAACUUCAUUUGAAACUAACCCUGAUGAAGUCAUUAAAUUGAUAUCAUUAUUUCUAUAA